AUGGGACAGCACUGUUCAAAGUGGGACAGCACUGUUCAAAAUGGGACAGCACUUUUCAAAAUGGGACAGCACUAUUCAAAGUGGGACAGCACUAUUCAAAGUGGGAUAGCACUUUUCAAACCCUUUUUAAAGUGGAAAGCACUUUUCAAAAUGGGACAGCACUGUUCAAAAUGGGAUAGCCCUUUUCAAAGUGGGACAGCACUUUCAAAGUGGAAAGCACUUUUCAAAAUGGGACAGCACUGUUCAAAAUGGGAUAGCCCUUUUCAAAGUGGGACAGCACUUUCAAAGUGGAAAGCACUUUUCAAAAUGGGACAGCACUGUUCAAAGUGGGAUAGCCCUUUUUAA